CUGACCGAGUUCAUUAAUACGUAGAGGAAGGGGAGGAGGUGGACAGCUCUUAUUCUACGAUGUGCUGAGAGCUGCUAUUUCAUUUCACCACCGUCUCCGAGCAGCUCAGUCCUCUCUUUCUCUUUAGCUUUAAGUGUUACCUCGAUUGUGCCAACAUUUUUGAUUAUUUUUCUGUACCCCCAGCCUCGCCGCGAAGACCAGUCCACGGGGCGGUAAAGAGAGAAGUUUAAACCCCAGCUGCUGCUCACGAGACGGCGGAUCGACGUUUCACGGUCCAACACGUCACUUCUCUUUAGUUGAAUUUGUAUAGUUUUUGGGACGUUAUCAUCGACUUCAGUGAAGUUUUUUUUUAAUUUUUUUUUCCUAAUCCACUCCGAGAGGACAGCCCAUCCACCCCACCGGCAUCAUGACUCGGAGAUCCUGUGCCAUUUACGCCACCGGGAUCGUGUGUGCUCACCUCCUGAUAGUGGGGAUCGCCCUGGUCGUGGCUCAAGUCUUCCAAACAAUGAUCCACAGCCGGUUAAAAAAGGAAAUUACUUUGACAGAGAAGAGCCAAAUGUUUGAAUCAUGGAAGAAUCCACCUCCACCUGUUUAUAUGGAGUAUUACUUCUUCAAUGUGACCAAUCCAGAGGUGUUCUUGGCAGGCGGGAAGGCAGCUGUUAAACAAAUCGGACCUUAUACUUACAGGGAAUACAGGCCGCGGGAGAACGUAACUUUCCUGGAGAACGGCACCAAGCUUUACGCCCUGAACCCCAAAACCUUUGUAUUUGUGCCAGAGAAGUCAGCUGGUGACCCCAAGGUCGACAUCAUCAGGACUGUCAACAUCCCGUUUGUGGCGAUCAUGAAUGAGCUGAACUCCUACUCCUUCUUCCUGCGGACUUUGGUUUCCAUGUACAUUAACAGCCUGGGCGUCGAGGUGUUCAUGACCCGCACUGUCCACGAGGUUCUGUGGGGCUUCAAAGACCCUCUUCUCUCAAAGGUCCACUCCAUGAAGCCCGAAGUGGACGAAUAUUUUGGACUAAUGUGGAAGAAAAAUGGCACCCAUGAAGGAGAGUUUGUGUUCCACACCGGCGAGGAGAACUACUUGGAUUAUGGCAAGAUCGACACAUGGAACGGCCUUAGGGAGAUGUCGUGGUGGUCUUCCAAUCAGAGCAACAUGAUCAACGGUACAGACGGUGCGGUCUUCCACCCUCUGAUAAACAGGAACGAGCUGCUCUACAUCUUUGCUGCUGAUCUCUGCAGAUCUAUCCAUCUAGCCUACGUGGAAGACGUAGAGGUGAAAGGCAUCCAGGCAUACCGCUUCGCUCCCCCUAACGACGUUCUCAUGAACCCCAAAGACAACCCCACUAACGCGGGCUUCUGUGUGCCAGCUGGAGACUGUCUCGGCACCGGGGUGCUUAAAGUCAGCGUUUGUCGAGAAGGUGCUCCCAUCGUGGUGUCUUUCCCCCACUUUUAUCAAGCAGACCCCAUGUACAUCAACGCCAUUGACGGGCUCAACCCCAACAAGGAGGAACACGAGACGUACCUCGACCUGCAACCGACCACAGGGGUUCCCAUUCGUGCCUGCAAGAGAGCUCAGCUCAAUAUUAUCCUGAAAAGAGUUCAAGGCUUCCCCAAAACCAAGUUCAUCAACGAGACCAUUUUCCCCAUCAUGUUCGUCAAUGAGACGGCAACUAUCGACGAUGACUCUGCGUCGCAGAUGAGGACGUUGCUCCUAAUUGUGACUCUUGUGUCAAACUUCCCUGUGCUCAUCGUGGGCAUGGGCAUCAUCCUGCUGCUGGUGCUCGUCGUCUUGUUCUGUCGAAACCGCCAGAAGAAGAAUGAAGUAAAACGUAUUGAUUUUACUGAAGCUUUUCAUUCUUUUACUACGGUGAAGGACGAUACGGCCUACACUCAGGUCAGCGACAAACCCGACGAGCCGUCAGAAACGCCAGCCAACCAGCCGAUGAGGAACGGCUCCUACAUUGCCAUGUCUCCAGUGGAGGCCCAGAAGUGUUGAUGGAGGACCCCUUCCCCAUGUGUGGAGCUCAGGAAGGGGGCUGAGGGAGCAGCACAGGGGUGUUACAUUACCACAGGUGGGGGUUAGCAUACACAGUGGGUUCAUUUUGCUUAUUUUAGGGGGGGUGGGGAGGAUAUAGAAAGGCGUGAACCACAAUCCCCAGUUAAUGUUUGGUCAACAAAGACAUUGCUCCUCUCACUGAGCCCUCUUAUGACUGUCUGUCCUCCUCUACUCUACCUGCUGAGCAUGGCCCUCACUGCCUGUCGUACUGGAACUCACACACUCUUAUUCCUCGUUUCCGUCCUGGUUGGCCUUUAAAGAUGAAGGGACUCUGGGUAGGCUCGGCCAGGACAAGCCUUUUUUUCCGUAAUUCUUCUGAGGGAACGUGGUAGCAUAGGUGUCACUGUUGCACGCAGAUGCGUGAUCUUCCGAGCAGACUCUGCCAACUGAUGCUGCUCAAAGAGGGUUUUAGUAUUCAGCUGAACAACAGUGGGUGUUGUUAUCGUCUUAUUCUUGCUCUUUUCCUCUCCAUCAGAGGAGAAAAUGCAGAGGCGAACAGAUUUAAAAAAAAAAAAAAAAAAAAAAAAAAAAAAGCCCCUGUAAACUCAAUCCUUAGGACAAAAUUCUAAGCUCCUGUGCUCUGAGGAUAAAAUGGUUUUGCUACUAAAAACUGAACUUAGCAUAUCCUGUUUUGUUAAAAAAAAAAAAAAAAAAAAAAAAAAAAAAAAACUGAGCCAAGCUAUUUAUAGCAUUUUUUGCCUUUUUCUCCUAAGAUGAAUUAGUGCACAUACCACACUUCCAAUAUCAGUCAGUAAAAGUGUGUGUGCACCUUAUCUCACACUUUAGUGUCCUGUUUUGAUGGGACAAUAGACAACAAUUUUUCUUGAUGCGGGCACAGUGUAGUGACACCUGGAAUGCUUGUGAUUUUGAUCCCUGCCCCCCUUCUCUCCAGAAACACUAGUUAAAUAAUAUUCAGCUACAUUUCCAAGUCGUCAUUAGUGAAGCGGAUGACUGGUUAGCUGUGAAACUAUUAGGGUUGCUACCAGUAGCUUAAUAAAGUUGCACCUUUUUGGGCUUCAUCACAAUUUUAAAACAAAUGGCGGAAAAAAACACCCACAGAACUUACAAGGGAGACUUGAACCUUCUUUCUGCCUUAUAAUGGUUCAGUGUGUUCUGUAUGUUUCUGCAUUGUUCAGAUAAGCUGGAAAUCUCUUAUGUUGUUAUUGUACAUAUGUUAAAAGGGGAAAUAUUGAGAUACCUCUGACCAAAUCUAGCAAGCAGUCCUAGGUGUGCUGUAAGACACUAAUUUUGCUCUGGUGUCGACCGCUCCUGCACGUCUACACUGUUACUUACUUAUUAGAGAAAGCACAAUUUGGAUUGCUAAAACCAGUCCUUACUCAAGGCUACCAGGUUUUCUUUUUUGUCCUAUUAUGAUAUAGAUUUACAGCUGAUCUGUCAAAGACACUGUCAAGGUGGCGUGGCUAUAAAAAAAAAAAAAAAAAGAAGUGGAAUCAUUGGGGGUCUUGAGGGAGCUCUGUGCACCACUCGCUGCUGUGCAGUCAUUCAGUUUGCCAAGGAGCUGUAGGCAUUCAGGCAAAACGCAGCACACAGCACUUGAAUCACUGUUUGUCUUAUGUUUCAUGUGUUUUCAUUUUUCUGUCCACCACACUUGUCACGUCAAACCCAGUGCAAGUCGCUAAUGGGAAGUGAAUUUAAGGCCAUAAUACUGUCAACGUGGAAAAAUUCCCUGCACUUUGCCUGGAAAUUGUGCCCUGUGUAUUUUCAUUGUUGUUUGUUUUUUGUCCUGUUCAUUUCAAAGAAGGUGGUCCAUAUGUUCAAUGCAUUUCAAUGGUUUGUUCUAACUAGUAUUGGUUAUGAAGGAUGUCGUAAAUGAACAACACACAUCCAUGCCUCUGUGUUACUUGCUUUUCAGCACAUGGAGUGUCUUCUUUUGAUAUACUUUUGUAUUUGGUAUUGCUGCUAAAAAUGCCAUAACCUAUGGACUUGUAUUUGUACACACAUGUACAUAACAUGCUUGUAUUCUGUUUCAGGUUGAUCAACGCAGGCUUUUUCUUUAAGGCUUUCUGUGUUAUCAACCCUUUUGACAUUUGAGCACAAGAUACAAAGCCCAAAGCUUGCUGCCAUUUGUUGGAAUUAGCAGUUACAGUUACAGUAUCCUUAGCAACACCUUUGUAAAGUUAUCACACUUAACACACUCAUUCCUCUUAUUAGCAGAAGAUUUUGACCAUAUCACAUGUAUUGUUGGGGUUUAUAAUAGGAGUAGUAAACUUAACAAUUCGCUGGAGGUGCCCAAAAAGGGCGAGCCAGUUCAUCUAAGAUCGGUGUCAGAAGUCUGAUUCUAAAGAACACUGUGGUGGAGAGGUCGAAAGUAUUCCUUUUUAAAGGUUAAAUCAAUUCACUAUAGGCCUUUUUUAUUCCACCUACAUGCAAGCAACCACCAUCUCGUGCAAACUCACAGUUCAUCGAUAUCCACCUUUU